CGGGGGCUGCUCACUGGAGUUUGGUUCUCGAGGCGGCGGCGGCGGCGGCGGUAGCGGCGGCGGCGGCUCCGGCGGCUCCUCCUCCUCCUUCGGUGGCGGCGGCGGCCCGGGCCCGAGCCCCGGCCCCGGCUCCCCUCUCCGCCACCCCGCGCGCCCCCACCUCCCCCGGCGCCGCGGGGAACAUGCGGCUCCGCUCCCGGAGGCCGAAGAGUGAGUGACCCCGUCCCCCGCCUCAGCCCGCCCGCCCGCUGGCCCGGCCGCUACCCCCCGCCUCGCCCAGGCAAUGACAGCGGCUCCGGCGUCUCCGCAGCAGAUCAGGGACCGGCUGCUGCAGGCCAUCGACUCCCAGAGCAACAUCCGGAACAUGGUGGCGGUGUUGGAAGUCAUCUCCAGCCUGGAGAGAUACCCCAUUACCAAAGAGGCACUGGAGGAAACUCGACUCGGGAAGCUCAUCAACGACGUUCGCAAGAAAACCAAGAACGAGGAGCUCGCCAAGCGGGCCAAGAAGCUGCUGCGCAGCUGGCAGAAGCUCAUUGAGCCAGUGCACCAGAAUGAGGCAGCUCUGCGUGGGUUGGCAGGGGCCACUGGCUCAGCCAAUGGGGGUGCUCACAACUGCCGGCCGGAGGCGGGGACAGCUGGCACACCCAAGAGCAUCCAUGACCUGAAGAACCGCAAUGACAUCCAGAGGUUGCCUGGGCAACGGCUGGAUAGGCUGGGCAGCCGCAAGCGCCGAGGGGACCAGCGUGACCUUGGACACCCUGGGCCACCUCCCAAGGUUUCCAAAGCUAGCCAUGACCCCCUAGUCCCCAACUCGUCCCCACUUCCCACCAAUGGGAUCAGCGGGAGCCCAGAGAGCUUCCCCAGCCCCCUGGAUGGCAGUGGGCACUUGGGCUCCGAUGGCAGCCGCCUGGAGCCUAGUGAGAACGACAAGCACAGCAGCAAGAUCCCUGUCAACGCCGUGCGGCCCCACACCAGCUCCCCAAGCCUGGGCAAGUCCCCCGGCCCCUGCUUGCAGACAAAGGCUUCAGUGCUGCAGCAGCUGGACAGGGCGGAUGAGACUCCAGGCCCUCCCCACCCCAGGGGUGCCCCUCGCUGCUCUUUCAGCCCCCGGAACUCACGGCAUGAGGGCUCCUUUGCCCGGCAGCGGAGCCCAUAUGCACCCAAGGGCUCUGUGCCCAGCCCCUCACCACGACCCCAGUCGCUUGAUGCCACACAGGUGCCAUCACCGCUUCCACUGGCCCAGCCAUCCACACCCCCUGUGCGGCGGCUAGAGCUGCUCCCCAGCACGGACAGCCCUGUGCGCUGGCUGGAGCAGCCCGAGGGUCACCAGCGACUGGUGGGGCCAGGCUGCAAGGCAGGGCUGUCUCCAGCUGAACCCCACCUGUCACGGGCAGGCUUCUCCCCAGACUCCUCCAAGGCAGACAGCGAUGCUGCUUCCUCUGGUGGCUCGGACAGUAAAAAGAAAAAGAGGUAUCGACCUCGAGACUACACGGUGAACUUGGACGGGCAGGUGGCUGAGGCGGGGGUCAAGCCUGUCCGGUUAAAAGAGCGGAAGCUCACCUUUGACCCCAUGACAAGACAGAUCAAACCUCUGACCCAGAAAGAGCCAGUGCGGGCAGACAGCCCUGUGCACACAGAGCAGCCACCCAGGACAGAACUGGACAAGCAGGAGGCCAAGGCUAGCCUCCAGAGCCCCUUUGAGCAAACGAACUGGAAGGAGCUGUCGCGCAACGAGAUUAUACAGUCCUACCUGAGCCGGCAGAGCAGCCUGCUCUCCUCCUCAGGUGCGCAGACCCCAGGGGCUCACCACUUCAUGUCUGAAUACCUGAAGCAGGAGGAGAGCACUCGGCGAGGGGCCAGGCAGCCACAUGUGCUGGUGCCUCACGGGCCGCCCACGGACCUCCCUGGGCUGAGCCGAGAGGUAACACAGGACGAUCUUGACAGAAUCCAGGCCCGCCAGUGGCCAGGGGUGAACGGGUGUCAGGACACACAGGGUAACUGGUAUGACUGGACGCAGUGCAUAUCGCUCGACCCGCACGGUGACGACGGGCGGUUGAACGUUCUGCCUUAUGUCUGCUUGGACUGACAGCCCCGUCGGCCACAAAGUGCAUUCCCACCUUGCAGUAGCCAGGGCGGGCAGGUGGCUGGGCCCAACUGCCUCUAGCAGUUGGCAACCCGGGAAGUCCAGCCCAGGCGGGAGGGAGGGGGCAGGAGUCACGCGGUCUCUGCGCUCUUCCCUCCAAACUCCUCCUUUUGUGAAAUGCUGCUACCAGUUUACUAACAAAAUUGCAAAGGAAGGACCGCGCAGAAGGAAGGACGGCAAAGUGAGUUCAGAACUCUAUAGCAAACCAGCUAUAAAAAGCGUUAGUCCCCCUAUCCCGGAAGAGGUGCAGACACUCUCCAGCACCUGAACACUGGGACCUCAGUUGCAGGCAGGCACAGAAAACCUGUGGGAGAGGUUACAUCUAACACAGCGACAGACGCAUGCAUCUCAUCUCUGUAUUUUCUGUUCUUUGGUUCUUUGAUUCAGCCCAGUGUCUGUGAGACAGCGGGCUGCGCCUCAGCCUGUUCGCACCCCACCCAGCCACUGGCCAGCCAGUGUUUUCCAUCGUGUGCUGGAAGCUUCUUGGCUGCGGCGAGCCACUGGCAUCAGGCAGGCCGACCAAUGGGCCAGCCAGCUUAACCCACACUCCAUGGGCAUCCACCCAUUUGUGUCCGGUUUCAGUUAAAACCCAGUUCUUAAAGAAAUGCUGCAGAAAUUUAAGUUUUCUUGAGUUUAUUUUCAUCCUUUCUUCCUUCUGACCACCAGCCAAAUAAAUUUCCUUUCCUUCUCCCUUUUCUUUUUCCUUCCUGCACAUACCUAGAAAAUUUCACCCUUCUGGAGCGCCACCCCCCCCCC